AGGUCUACCCUAUCAAGCCUACCUACGGAAACAGCAUAUGGAUUUCUAAACUUCACUACUACAAUGCAGGAUAAAAUCAUGGUCUUUACAUCCCAGCCCUCGGCCAGUACAGAAUCUGGAUUAUUGUCAACCCGAGGCCUGGACCUAGACCUGGACUUAGAACCUUCAAAACCUAGUUUCCUAGACCUAGAAUCCUCUAAACCAGGUUUCCUAGACCUAGAAUCCUCUAAAUCAGGUUUCCUAGACCUUGAAAACCUUUUCACAAACAUCAAUCCUUCAAAGUCAAGCCCGUCAAGCCAGAUGGAAUCCACGUCUUUAACAGCAGAUGAAGAUCUUACCCCGGAGAGAGUUGAAGGAUUGAUUGACUCCGGUGUAAAGUUAGAACUGGAGCAAGGUUCAGGUUCCCGAGAACAAGUGAAAAUUGAAGAUCAUACAAGAACUAUAAAAAAGGAUUUCUACACAAUAGCUCCAGGAAUAUACCCUACAGGACACGUGUUGGAUAGAUCUCGAACUCUAAUAUCUGAAGGUAUAACCAGGGUUUACAAGACAAGUGUUACUGGUACAACGAUAAACAACCAAUAUCUACAGAUUGUAACAACAG